AUGUGUGAUCAAGCCUCCACAAUGAAUACACUCACGAUGGACCAUUCAAACAACCAGGGAGAUGAUCAUUCAAUCUUGCAACUCACGAUGAAUUGGCUGUUACAAAACAUUGACAAGCUUCCUCUCGAAACAUACGUGAACAUUCUCUCCAAACUUUCUUUUUUGGCCAAAACCAAAACACCAACAACCAACAGUAGUGCGCAAUCUCAUGUUGGAAUUAGUGUCAGUGGUGGCAGCGAUAGUGGUAAUGAACAAGGUUCUCAUUGUAUGGACUCUCAUACAACAAAAACAACAGCGAGUGUCUUUCAGACUCCUGAGAGGACGUUCUCCAACAAUCCUCCGUUGUCCAUUGAAACACCUUAUUCUUUCCUUCAACAUGUCGACACCAUCCCACAGCAUGUGCCAAACAUGUCAACACCCUCCAUGAAUCAUCUCCCAGUCAUAUUUCCAACAAGGUUGACUCACAUCACAGAACAAACACCUCCUCUACAAUCACAACCUCAACCACCACCAAUCGAUUCACUCUCGCUCUUGAAUGGACAACAAGAAGAAGAAUUGCAUCCUGUGAGUAAUGAUGAUGACAAUGUUGUACAUGCUUUGUUGAACUUCAUGGAAAGUCCUCCAAUCUGCAUGCAGACUCUAAAUGAUGUUGGAGUUCCAUCUUUCAUGGUGGUGGGUGCGAGAAAUGAUGAUGAUGGACCUUCAUUACAACAACAACAACAACAACCAUCCGCACGAUCAUCAUCAUCAUCAUUCACAAGUAGCAAAGUUCCUAAUGACACUUUUGCAGCGAUCACUCCAACCAUGACGAGUAGCAGUUUUAAAUCUUGUCAAUCACUACUUUCCAUGCCUUCUUUCUACUCUUCACCACCACCACUUCAACAACAGAGCAUGCAACCUUUGAGAGAGGAAAAGGUGGAUCUGGUUUCUCCAAUGCGUUUGGUCAUUUCUGAAAAGGUUUCUGACGAGAGGAUUCCUCUCUGUGAACCUUCUCCUUCGACCACAACAACAAUUCUCGUAAAUCAACAAUCCAUCAUGAUGAAUGAACCAACAAGUCUUGAUCACUCUCAUGUGGUCACCAAAGUUGGAUCAGAGGACAAUUCAUUCUCCUCAUCAUGCUUGUCCUCGAAAUCAUCAUCUUCCAAAUGCUCAUCCAAAACAAACGGUGGGAAAAACAUCAUUUCCAAACCACACAAAACAAAAAGAAAUAAUCAUUCAUCCAAACACACGAAUCACCUUCUGGUAAAUGCAUCUUGCUCUCAAAACAAAGAAUUACGUUUGAAUCCAUUCUGCAAUUACUCAAUCGAAUCCUUUUCGAAUCAAAAACAAGAAAAGAAGAAAAGAGGACGACCAAAAGUAAGAAGAGAGAACAGCGAAAACGAAACCAUGACGAAGCAACAACCUCAAUCACAAGACACUUCUUCUUCCAAUUCACAUCAGGCUUCAUCUGUCUUUUACACCAAAAGCUCUUUUCGCAAUAUCAACUUUUGA